AUGAACCCAUACUUCACUCUGGCUGUGCUUGUGUUUGCCAUUGUGUUCUGGGUAAUCCUACGAGCAUACGGUGCAAUUGGCCUGCAGCUUCAUAACAUGCGGAUGCACUCCGAUCAACAAAUCUGCUCCCGCUUUACAGAAAUCGUUACUGGUACAUCCCAUCUCAAUGCCCUUGAUUGGCGUGAACAAUCGCACAGAGUCAGCCAGAUACACAUCGAUCAAAGACUAGUGAUAUCACAAUAUCAGGACGCUGUAACAAGGUGGAGAAUGGUCGCCGUCGACGUGAUCUUCUGCGUAGCGACUGCUCUCUCUGUGAUUGGUAGCAUUCACUUCGGCCUCGCACCAUAUUAUUCGGCCCUUUUAGCACAUCUAGUGUUCCCACGGAUACAAGCUGUCUCCUGUAUUGUUGAUAGGGCGCUGGACAUGGAUGUCUCUCUUUCUACUACUGGACAAAUGAGGAUUUUCACAGAUGAGCCAGAACCUAUCGAGUAUGGCGACAACGCUUCCAGUGCCGAGUGGCCCGAGAAAGGACACAUUGAGAUUAGCGAUGUGGCGGUUCAAUAUGAGUGUGGCGGUUCAAUAUGA